UUUUGACUGGUGGUCAGUCGGGGUCGUUGAGCACAACCGCAGUGUUGUGUAUUUAUCAUGACUGCAGUGUUCACAGUGACAAUCUACUAGUUCAGUUACCGAUAACGAUGUUUAUAAAUUACGCCCAAUGAUGGAGGAAGUCAUACCUUUUAGCAUCGUGUCCACCGUCAAAGCACUGAGUGGUGCGCUGCGGAGAGACGCUGAACACGAAGCCGAGAUCAGCCGGGAGCGAGAGAAGCUCUGGUUCAAAGAGAGCAGCGCCAAAAACCUGAGAAAUCGGGACUUUCUUGCACCUAAUACGGUUUUGACGACGCUGUACGCCGCCGGAGAGGUUCCCCCUGAUGUACUCAGUAGAAUUCGGACACUUCAUGGAAGCGGCGUGUUGCCGAUAACAGCCAGUGAGAUGACAGCUGAAGGAUUGCGUGUGUGUGUGGAUCGCUGUGCAGCAUUCAAGGGUGUACUUUGUGAAAUAAUGCCCUACCUGAGACCUGCAGCUGAAAGGGAGGGCUGUGUCCUCGUCAACUGCCCCGCCCUCCACAGCAAACAAGCCACACCCUCUCCUGAUACCCUAACUCUUGGGCAGCUAAGGACAAUACUCAUUGCCGAUCACCUUGGGAUGCAGCUCAGAAGACAAGGGUACACCGUGUCCUUUUGUCCAGCCUUGCCACAGGAGAGUGAUGUUGUCAGCUAUCUACAAACACUAGGCAUUGAUUGGCCGACAGUUCCUUUCAUUUGGACCAAUGAGAAUAGGGAAGAGAAGAUGAAGAAAGCUUUAGAGAACUCGACCUACAGAGACCGAGAGAUGGAGAAAGGCAAGAGAAGAAGCAGAGGAGAGGAAAUAGAGAGAGAGAAGAGAGGAAUAAAGGAGGAAAUUAGAAUAAACCUUAAACAAGUGGUACAGGAUGAGAACCUUCAGGGUUAUGACCCCAGUCUCGGUAUUUGCACUGUACAGAGAGAAGCUCUGUGUCACUUGGCCCAGCUUGACCACGCUACUACAGAUUUUCCUGUUUCCACCGCAACAGUCCUGCAUGUCACUUCCUGUCAGGAUGAGUUUCGUCAGCAGCAAACAGCCAUGCUGUGGAGAGCAACGGGCGCAACAGCAGUGCAGAGAUUGGUGAUUUGUGGUCCUGUUAAGACCCCUGGCGUUCAAAUGAAUGCAGCUCAGUAUCUUCAAUUAAGACAAACCCAGAUGAAAGAGGCCUCAGAAAUGAAGUAUGGAGACCAAGUCGAAGGUCAGACAUGGGAUGACAUCAUUAGGGUCAUGACCUCGGCCACAGUGAGAUUUGAGCUACUAUCCACAGUGCACACAAGUCCGGUGACCUUAGAUGUGCAGAGGGACAGUGGUGUGUCCACAAAGGGUCCAAGGGGCGGAGUCUUUGUCAUGUAUAACUGUGCUCGCCUUCACACUCUUUUUAGCAGCUACGAGAAAGGGGUAGAGCAAGGUCUUUAUCCAGAAAUCCCAGAGGGCGCAGAGCUGGACUUUUCUGCCCUAAAGGAGGAGGGGGAAUGGCUUCUACUUUUCAAUUACCUCAUUCCAUUCUCUGAGCUUUUGGACCAAUCUGGACAGAUUCUAGAGGAUGAAGGGGGAGGAGCCAGAGUUAAUUUAAGAACAGAACAGGUGUGCCGAUUUUUGGUGUCUCUCAGUAAAGAUUUUAGCUCCUACUACAACAGAGUCCAUGUUCUUGGGGAGCCACUGCCUCAUCUCUUCAAUCAGAUGUUUUGUCGUUUAUUGUUAUUAAGAGCCUUAAGAGAACUUUACCACAGCGCACUGGACUUCCUUAACCUGCCCCCGAUCCCCCAACUAUAGCAUCCACACUGGAGACAUUACACUAUACCUUUAACAGCCAGCACUCUUCCAUUCCCUCACUUGUGACUCCUCAAAAUCCUCCUCUUUACAUACUGUAUAAUUGGCUAAACAUCUUGGUUAAACCUAAUUGUCUCAAUACCCAACCUCCAAAUUGUAUUGAAAUACCCUACACACCAGGCGGACAGACUCCAUACAUGAGUUUAGCAUUACUCAUCCGGUCACUGAUGCCUAUCUGUUGCCUCUCACAAGGUCCAAUGUGGUAUAUGCAUACAGUGCGAUGACGUACUUCCUCUAAAAUCUCAGCCAGCUAAGCCACUUGCGCUGGGGUAAUUUUCGAUCAAGUGAUUAAAAUGUGUUUAGUUAGAAAACGUUAAAGUUUCAGCGAACCGACAGUGCUACGGCUGAACAUUGAGAUAUGCCUUUGUCAUCAUGCUACGAGUAAGUGCAAAAGUUUACUUAGCUUUUUUCAUAUUUGUGAAUGUUGCUUGAAACGGAUAGCCUGAAGCGUUUCUCCUUUAAAUUGUUGAUGAAUGUCUCAGUGUUUGGAUAAUUUGAAGCAAUUUGAAGCGAAAAAUGCAAUUGUUUCUAAUGGACGCUACUGAGCAGGAUGUAACAGAGCCGGCUGAGAUUUUAGCGGACACAAGUCAUCGCUCUUGUGUGCAUAUACAACACUGCUUUCAAAUUUUGCAGAAUUCAUUUAAAAUAGUAAAGGUCAAAUGCUGUGAGUUCUUGAUUUUAAUUGGAAGCUGAAUAUAUAGUAGUAUUAGUAUAUAAAUAGUAUCCAAAGGUAUGCAAAUUGGGAUGGAGAUGUAGGAAAAUUUGUUAACCAUACUCAUUCCAAUUUAAUUCAAAUUUGUGAACAUCUUGUCAGAUGUAUUAAAUCCCAACAAUACACUUUUAGUUCUAGUCAGUCUGUUACAAAGCAACAACCUUGAUAUCUGUCAUUCCCUCUCAACUAAUGUAAUUUAUAGAAACGUAUAAACUGCAUUACUGCAUCACGGUCAUAGAUGUUGCAUGACAAUGUCUUGUGUGUAAUAAUCUUAAAUCAUUGUAAUUACCGUAGUCUGUUAAACACCUAUAAAUUCACUUCUGUUUGUCACUCCAGUUUCUGAUCAGGAAUAACCUGGACACUUUACACCAACAUCCAUAAUGCCUGCUGAAACGUCAUAGAAUGGGAUGCUGUUUUAACGUUAUCAUUAAUAGUCUUAACUAAAUGUCAAAUCUAUUUUUAAGUUUUCCCUGUUGCCCAUUACCGUUUGUGGGCCUUCAAGUGUGCAGGUAUUCCACUUGUGCCAUACAGACAUGUGUCACUGUAUCUAGUUUUCACAGAACUGUGCCAUACUGUACACCACACUGUAUUUAAUCAUACAGGAUGUCAGUAAUAAACCGUUAUGGCUACUAUCUGUAAUAGCCUCACAUUUCAACAUUUUUUGUGAUGAUAUUGCUUGUAUUUUAAAAUUCAAUAAUUAAUAGAAACAGAGAACCUCUGCACACUAUUUUAACCGUUUUGUCCCUUGUCCUAUAUUAAAUAUUUCAUGAUGAAAGUUGA